AAAUUCUUUCACACAACAACUUCUCACACUCCGAUCACUAUCACCACCAAAUUUCCUACAGGCUGGCCAAGAUUUUUUCAAUACGAUUCUAGCAUGUGUUAACGAGUCAACAAAGAUGCACUUCGAGAAACAAUAAAAUACGCAGUCCCGGCGUGCGCAAUAUAAUAUAAAGAGCCCCGUCUCGUUGCGUAUUGAUAGUGAGCUUUAGCUUUUAGACUUGGAGUUUAAAGCAGAAGAAAAAAGCAUGGAAGAAAGAAGAGAUGGUGGUGUUAAUAUGUCACAUGUUUUGUUAAGAGGAGGAACGAGAAAGAUUUAUAGCCAUGGAUUGUCUUUGUCGCAAAUCCGAACAUUGGCUUCGAUCACUGAAGCUUUUGUUCCGAAUGAUUUGUGUCCUCAUUCUGUCUCCACUUCUAAAGUUCCGGCUCCUCAAUCCCCCGUCUCGCAUGAGAUUGCUGAGACAAUGAAGACGAGGCUGUUACCAGAAGCAAUGAUGCUGGUGAAGCUAAGCUUGAUGUUGCUUUCGACAAGAUUAGGAUCGUUGUUACUAUGCGGAUUCGUGUGUUUGGAUUGGAAUUGGCCAUUCAUACACAAGUUCUCAGAAUUAUCAUUGAAGAAAAGAGAGGAGGUUCUCUUCAAAUGGUCAUCUGGAACUAAUAAAGUGAUGCCAUUGAGAUUGGUGUUUGCCUUGUUUAAGGCCUAUUGCUGCUACACGGCCUUCUCUUGGACUGAUGAAAAUUCUAGAAAUCAAGCAUGUGAAACAAUUGGGUAUCAUGUAGACAAUGAGGAAAUACCAACCAAAUCCCAGAAGGAGAGGCCUCUUGAAAAUGGUAUCAUAGAAACUAAGGAUUGUAAUGACAUAAGUUUCAAGAAGUCUCUUAUCCAAAAAGGCCUAGAAGUGACAGAAGACGAGACAGCGUUUCAGAUCAAAUGUGAUGUUGUCAUUGUUGGUUCUGGUUGUGGAGGCGCAGUUGCAGCGGCUCAUCUUGCAAGUUCUGGCCAAAAAGUAGUUGUUCUUGAGAAAGGCAACUAUUUUGUGGCUCAAGACUAUUCUCAAAUUGAAGGGCCAUCAAAUAACGAGUUAUUUGAAGGGGGAGGCAUGUUAGGAUCAGAUAAUGGGAGAGUUAUGAUCAAAGCAGGAUCAACUGUUGGAGGGGGGACAGCUGUGAAUUGGAGUGCAACACUUAGAACACCAGAUGAUGUGCUUAAGGAGUGGUCCGAGGAGAAGAAGCUUCCGUUUUUUGGCAGCUCUCAGUAUCAAGAAGCAAUGGAUGCGGUGAGUAAGAGACUUGGUGUGACAUAUGGUUGUCCAAAUGAGGGGUUCUCCAAUUCAGUGAUACGGAAAGGGUGUGAAAAACUUGGGUUGAAAGUUGAGCGGAUUCCUAGGAAUUCACCGGAAGAUCAUUAUUGUGGUUUGUGUUCUUUUGGUUGUAAGAAAGGUGACAAGAGAGGGGCUGAUACUACGUGGCUUGUUGAUGCUGUUCAAAAGGAGGCAGUUAUUUUAACAGGGGUAAAAGCCGAGAAAUUUAUAUUGGGGGAUAAGCAGACUAAAAAGAGAUGCUUUGGAGUUGUGGCCAAUGCUGUGAGCAACAAUAUAACCAAGAAGCUGCAAAUUGAGGCUCGUGUUACUGUUUCUUCUUGUGGUGCUCUUUCGACACCACCACUGAUGAUUUCGAGUGGACUAAAGAACAAAAACAUUGGUAGAAAUCUUCAUCUGCAUCCUGUUAUAUUUGCAUGGGGUCAUUUUCCAGAGCAAAGUUCUAGUAUUCAAGGCAAGAGUUACACAGGAGGGAUUCUUACUACACUUCACAAGGUGGAGUCCGAGAACUCCAACGGUGGAUCUGUGGUUGAAGCCGCUACAAUGGGACCUGCCACAUAUGCGGCAUUGUUUCCUUGGACUUCAGGGAACGACAUGAAGAAUAACAUGGAAAAAUACACAAGAACAGCCGUAUUAUUCAGUUUAGUUAGAGAUCAAAGUUCAGGGGAAGUGAAAUCAGAAGGCAGAGUUUCGUAUGAUAUUAAUAAGCACGACGAAGAAAAUCUUAAACACGGCCUAAGACGAGUCUUGAGUAUCAUGAUUGAAGCAGGAGCUGUUGAAGUAGGCACUUUUCGCAAUGAUGGACAAAGAAUGAAAUGUGGAGGGAUCAAGAGAGAAGAUGUGGAGGAGUUCUUGGAUGGCGUGGCAGCAGUUGGAGGGCCAAAGUCGAAUGAGGAUCAUUGGACUGUGUAUGCAUCUGCACAUCAGAUGGGGAGUUGCAAAAUGGGUUCUAGCGAGGAAGCUGGCGCAGUUGAUGAGAAUGGGGAGAGUUGGGAAGCAAAGGGCUUAUUCGUUAUUGAUGGAAGUAUAUUGCCAAGUGCAGUUGGAGUCAAUCCUAUGCUUACUAUCUAUUCAACUGCUUAUUGCAUCUCGAAGAAGCUAGCAGAGUCGUUAAAGAAAGGAAACUUUUAGAUAGAUGAUUUGUAUUAGGCGAUGUUUUCAUAAAAUAAACAGUAGCAAGGUGAUAUAGAUCAUGGAUGGAUUUUAUCAUUAAUGCAAUGAGACCUGCAAUUUGUCUUUUA